UUCCAAAGAGUUUGCAUACAAUUGACAAAUGCUGGCUAUUUUAAUCUUUCAGCGGGACAUAUUGUGAGAUCUUCUGUAUGGUACAUGCUAUUUUAGCCACUUUUUUCUAAAAGAAUUCUAACUGGAGUUAAGAAUUGGAUAAAAUAGCCUUUUAAUAACCGACAUUAUGACAUCAAUGAGGGAAGUUAAUCUGGAUACAUACAGUUUGUCUUUACUUACGGCAAAAGAAGAUAUCCUGAAUCCACGCUCGUCUACAAACUGGGCUUUAUUCACCUAUGAUGGGAUAAUGAACAGACUCAGACUGGCUGAUUCUGGAGUAGGCGGAUUGAAAGAGUUGUCAACAAAACUUAACCCUAGACUGCCACUGUAUGGGAUGUGCAGGGUAGGCAAAGCUCAACCGCGUUUCGUCAUGAUAUUAUGGGUGGGAAAGGAUGUGGAGGAGUAUCGCAGAGCUGAGUGUCAAAGUCAUAUACCAGCCAUCAGAGCCUUCUUUAAGGAAGUGCACAUCUUUCUCCCUGCCCACACUUUGGAUGAAAUCACAGAGGAGCGAAUCUGUGCUCUGGCAUGCAAAUCUGCAGGGGUGCCCCAGGGGUCGAGAGCGAGACCUGGACGCAGGACCGAAGACAGACAUGCCACUGUGGGCACAAAUUACAAGCGGACAAUCGCAGCUGCAGAGAUUCAGAGGAUCCAGAGAGAUUCUUUCUGGGCACAAAUGGAGAGAGAAGAGGAGGAAAGGAAAAAGGAGGAACAGCGGAGGGCAGCAGAGGACAGAAGACAGAGAGAGAGAGAACGAAUGAUCCAGGAGAAGAGAGAAGCCACGGAGAGAGAGAGGAGGAUGCAGCAACAAGAACAGAAAAUAAAGGAGCAGAGGAGAAUACAGGCCCAGCUGGAGGCAGAAGCUCACAAACAGGAGAAAAUCAAAUGGGAGCACCAGAAAAGGGAGCGCGAAGAUGAAGAAGUGAGAUCUUCCCGCUCUGAAUCGGAAGAAAAAGCUGCUCAGGAGGCAGCAGCUCUGGUUUCACAGCGACCUGUAAACCCUAGAGAGUUUUUUAGACAACUGUCUUCCUCAAGCAUCCAAACAGGCUCCCGUCCCAACUCGCCAUGUCCAGUCAGGAGUCCCUUGAAAAGACUCAAUCGCAGUCAGACAGACAGUAUCUUCAGCUUUAAUGAACCACCAUCAUCAUCGUCAUCAUCUUCAUCUUCACCAUUAUCAUGUCGAAUACCUCCUCACUUUCCAUCAACUCCAACAACCCAAAGCCCAACUAUAUUCACUAAAACUACAUUUCCUAAUGGCACAAUGGUAUCUGCCGAAAGCAAAAUCCAAAUAUCUUCCCCCAAGUUGAUGGUGUCAUUUGCCGUAUCCACUUGUGCACCACAACUCCAAUCUCCACCACUGCCUCCAACUAAACCUCAACUAAAAAGCCCUAUUAGUGAAAUAUUAGAUAGUCUGGUCUUUUACCCACCUCCACCAAUUCCCGAGCAGCUCCAUUUGAAUGAACAACCAGAAACAGUGAUUGAAUUUCCUCCACCUCCGCCUGGUUUUGAAGAUUCUCCAGAAGAUCAGCUUGAAGAAACUUCUGUUCCUUCAUCUUCUGUUUUGGUUCCACCAUCAAGACCUCUUCCUGCGCUGCCGGUUGCUCCGCGAAUGCUGACAGAUCUGGAAAUUGAGAGAGAUUUUACUGCUCGGGCUUCGGUUAUCUCUACGGUUGAGGAAGAAGAAGAUAUUGAGGAAAGAAAUUUGAUGGAUUGUGAGGAAUAUGAAGGGACGAUUCAGGAAAAGCAUGAAGCGAUAAGUGAGGAAUGUGAGAGAGGAGAAGAAGAGGAUGAGAAAAUGUUGGAUGAAUGUCAGAGUGAAGAUGAAAAAGAAGGACAUAUUGUCGAUGCCUUUGAAGGAGAACUGGUUUGGAGAAAUGUGGAAGACUUUGAAAGUGGAGAAAGAGAUGGGAAAAUGUUGGGAGAACAUCAAGAGAGUGAAGAAAUAUUGGAUGGAAAUAUUAUUGACAGACAUGAGAGAGAAAUUGAGGAAACUCUAGAGGAAUUUAAAGAUGGAAAUGAACUAGAUGAAGAAAUUUUGGAGAAACAAUUAAGUGAAGGAAGUAAAGUGAAGAAAAAUGUGGAAGAAUUUGAGAGUCAAAGAAAACAAGAUGAGAAAAUGUUGGAAGAAAUUGAGAGUGAAGAAAAAUUGGAUGGAAAUAUUAUGGAAGAGCAAGAGAGUAAAGGAAAUAAAGCGAAGGAAAAUGUGGAAGAAUUUAACAGUGUAAACGAUAAGCAUGAGAAAAUGGAAGAAGUUGAGAGUAAAGAAAAACUAGAUGAAAAUAUCAUUGAAAGACAUGAGAGGGAAACUCUUGAGGAAACUCUUGAGCAAUUUAAAGCCAGAAAUAAACCAGAUGAGAAAAAUUUGGAGGAACAAGAGUGUGAAGGAAAUAAAGUGAAGAUAAAUGUGGAAGAAUUUGAGAGUCAAAGAGAACAAGAUGUGGAAAUGGAAGAAUGUGAGAGGGAAGAAAAACUGGAUCAAAAUAUUAUGGAUGAAAUUAAGAGUGAAACUGUGGAGGAGUUUAAAGAUGGAAAAAAACAAAAUGGGAAAUUUUUGGAGGAACAAGCGAGCAAAAGAUAUAAUGUGGAAGAAGUUGAGGGUAAAGAAAAACUGGAUGAAAAUAUUAUGGAAAGACUUGAGAGUGAAAUUAUGGAGGAAUUUAUAGAUAGAAAAAAACAAGAUGGUACAUUUUUGGAGGAACAAGAAAGUAAAGAAAUUAAAGUGAAGAAAAAUGUGGAAGAAUUUGAAAGUGGAAAAGAUAAGGAUGAGAAAAUUUUGGAAGAAAUUAAGAAUGAAGAAAAACAAGAUGGAUUUAUUAUGGAAGUACACGAAAGAGAAGCAGAUGAUGUUAGCAAAAAUGUGGAGCAAUUUAAAGAUGUGAAAUUUUUGGAGGAACAAGAGAGUGAAGAAAUACAACAUGCAAAAUUCAUAGAUGAAGAUGGAAAAGGUUUGGGAAAAUAUACAGAGCAUGAGAAAGAUGAUACAACUGUGGAUGUAUUUGAAAGCAAAAAAGAAGAUGAGAAAAGCAUGGAAAUAUUGGAGAUGGAACAAAUAAAUAAUGGGAAAAUUAUGGAAAAAUCUAUCAGAGGAGAUGGAAAAGUGCUAGAAAAAUGUGAAGAAAACCAUGACACUUUGCAGGAACCAGAUAGGGAAAUUGUGGAAGAACUCAAGUUUGACAAAAUGAAAGAUGAAAGCAUCAUGGAGGAGCAAAAGAGUAAAAAAUUACAACAUUGGACAAAUACAGAAGAUUAUGAGAGUGAAAAAAUACACAUUUCCAAAACUAUUUUAGAAUAUACGAGCGAAGAUGAGAAGACUAUGAUGAAAUCUGAGGAAGAAAAUGAGCAGAUGGUAAAAAAAUGUGAGGAAGAAUAUGUGGGACAACUCGAAAUUGAAAGGAUACAACAUGAAAGCAAUGUGGAGGAAAUUUACAGUGAGAAGGAGCAUGAUUCUCAUGAAGAAUCUGUGACAGAAAACAUGCAAUAUGUAAGAAAUAUUGAAGGUCUUGAGCAAGACAGUGAAAUGGUGGUGGAAAAAUUUGAAGAAACUAAGAGUGAAAAGGAACAAGGUGGAAAAAUGACAGAAACAUCAGAAAAACAAGAUGGUAAAAGUUUGGGAAAGCAUGAGAAAGAACACGGUGAGGAAAUGCUUGAACAUGGAAAUGAAGAAAAACAAGAUGGAAAAACAGUGCAAGCAUUUGGCAAUGAAAAAGACGACUACAGGACAAGCAUGGAUGGAUCUGAGACUGAAAAAAUACAAGACGAAUUUAGACAAGAAAAUGAGCAAUAUGGGGAAAUUGAAAAAACAAAUCCUGAAGUAGAGGACUCAGAAAAUGCACAGGAUUUUAAAAUGACAGAAGGCUGUAAGAGCAAAAAAAUACAAUGUGGAGACUUCAUAAAAGAAUAUAUAUAUGAACAAGAAGACAAGAAAAUCAGGGAAGCAUCUGAGACUGAAAAAACACAAUUUGUGAAUAUUCUUACAGAUUGUGAAGAGGGAAAUAUGGAAGAAUUUGACAGUGAAAAAGAAGAAGGUAAGAAAAUGAAAGAUGGGAAAACUGCAGAGGAACUGGAGAGUGAAAAAGAGCGGGAACUGAACAUGAAAGAAGUCUGUGAGAGUGAAAACAUACAAUAUGGAGACUUCAUAAAAGAAUAUAUAAAUGAACAAGAGGAGGAGAACAUCAGGGAAGCAUCUGAGACUGAAACAACACAAUGUGUGAAUAUUAUGACAGACUGUGGGGAGGAAAAUAUGGAAGAACACAAGAGUGAAAAACAACAAGUUGAGAAAAUGACAGAUGGGAAAACUGCAGAGGAACUGGAGGGAGAAAAAGAGCGGGAACUGAACAUGACAGAAGACUGUGAGAGUGAAAACAUACAAUAUGGAGAUCAUGAAAAGGAAAAAGCACAAGAUGAAGAACCAAUGGAAAAAAUACAACCUGUAAAUAUUUUGGAAGAAUGUUUACGGAAUCAUGAACAUGAUGGUAAGGAUGGCAGAAGAAUGGAAGAACAUGUAAAAAUACAAAAUGCAAAUAUUAUGUCAGAACACUUGAUAGAAAAUGACUGUAAAAUUGAUAAAAGACAUGAUCAGGAUUGUAAACCAGUAGAUGGAGAGGGUAAAAAAAUACAAUAUGGCAACAUCAUCGAGAAACAUGACAAUGAAGGAGACCAAGAGGACAUGAUGAAAGCAGUGAAUGUGUGUGUGCUCAGGAAAGAGGAAUCAUAUACAGAGGUUAUAAAGAGACAUGAGAAAGCAGAUGUUGAAGAGAUGAAAAGUGAUCAACCAAAUGAGAAAGCCGAAUCAAGUGCUGAUACAUUUUGCUCCCAGGAUUUAUUACCCUACCCAGAAUCCCAUUUUAUAAAGCCAUCUCAAUACAUCGACACAUCUGUUUCUGAAAGCAUUUCAACCACGCAGAUGAGCUCCGCUGAUACCUCACACGAAGUAAACCUACCAAACAAUCAGGCUGAGCCAGAACUUUCCAACCUGAGCAGUGCAGGAGAUCAAGGUGACAAGACAGACAUGACGUGUGACUCCAAAAACAGCCCAGAUACCACGCCAGCAGGACAGGGACAUAAAAAAGAGAUAUGUGUUAUUGUUGAGGAUGAACAGACAGCAGGAAUGAUUAAUGAGGUUAAAACUGUGGACAGCAGCAGUAAAUUUGAUGAUGAGAUCAAUACUGAGCGCAAGGCAUCUUCACCUGUAUCUGAGAAUCAAGACUGGAUUGGACAGUCAGACAAGGGGGAGGAGCUUGUACAUUUCCUCGAAGAACCAGAUACUGCAAUGGACAUAAAGCAUUGUAGAAUUCAUAAUCUGAAUCUGACCGAUCGCAAGAGCGAUGUUAAGGAAGGACAGGAGGAUUCAUCACAUGGCACAGAAACUAAGAUAUUAAAACGCAAUCGUCAGCUUCAUCAAGCGAACGAAGACACGAAACAUGAAUUUCAGCAGAACUACAAGGCCGUCACAGAAACUCAAAGUGACAUGUUGAACGAUAAGACAGCUGAUGAAAACUGAAGAUGAGAUUUGGCAAUAAUUGGUAGGCGUGACUGUGAACUGUUAUCUCAGAACAGAUCAUUCCAUCAAAGAAUGUAAUGGUUCUGGUUUUGAUUGGCAUUAAUUAUUUAAAACGCAAGGAGUGGAAGGGUAAUUCAGGGCUAAUCGCAGAUUUGCUGUCUUUUUCACCUCAGGUAGGUUGCUUUUUUUUUUUUUUUUAAAGUCCCCAAUGGUGAAAUCCUACAAUGCGAUAUAUAACAGUGCUACAUAAUUACCCCAAUUUAGAGAUUUAGAGAAAAAUCCAAUUAUGACAAUUAUAUUAGUAAAUCUCAAAAGUGCUUUUGCUGGAAGGAAAUAUUACAAUGGCACUUUUCUGCCAAAACCAACUUAGUAUAAAUGGUCAUAAUUUACAAUAACGUUCUAUUAGUUAAUGUCAUUUCAUGUACCCUAUUUACUACUAUUACCUACGAAUAUUUGACAGCAUUUAUUAAUCAUAGUUUUUUGGUAACAUUAGUUAAUGCACUGAGAAUUACAACUUUGUUUUUGUUACCUAGCACUAACAAAAAAGAAUAAAUACAGUAAAAUAUUACAAUAAGGUUUUAUUAGUUAUUUUAUGUACUAAUAAUAAUAAGCAAUGGAUAAUACAUUUAUUACCAUAUUCAUUUACCUUAGUUAAAGUAAGUUAAUAAAAGUAAAGUCAUUCAAUGUUAGCUCAAGUUAACUCACAAUGCAAUGACUAAUGUUAAUAAGAAUGAGAUAUGAUUUUAAUAAUGUACUAGUAAAUGUUGAACUAUGAUUAAUAAACACUGUAUUGCUCAUUCUUCAUGUUAGUAAAUACAUUGAAUUUUUUUUGUAAAGUGUGAGCAUAAAUGCUGUGAUAAAUCUACACUGUAAAACCCAAUAAGUUAAGGUAACUCCAACCAUUUCAGGACACCGAUUGCAACAAAACAUUUAAGUUCAAAAACUAAUCCUACUGAGUACUGUGAACUUACUUCAUUUGAGUAAACAAU